UCACUCACUCACUCUCAGUCUCGCGCUCUGAUGAGCUGAAUUCCCAACCUCAGAAACAAGCCAUCCAACUUAGGAGCCUGGCCACAAAAGCCACACUUUUGCCCCCCACCCGGACAGCCACAGCAUUAGUGAUCCCUUCGCCCGCUCGUCCGCCUGCCCGCCUCGGCUCUCCUCCAGCAGCAGUGGCUCAGGAUGCCCGACUCAACAAGUUGCUGGUUGCCCCAGCAGUGAUGCCUCGGUUACUCAGCUGCAUUCCUGGAGUCACUUCAGUAGUCUCCUAGGCAAAUCUUGAAGCCUUUGGAAUUAAAGACAGGAUCCAAGAAAUCCAUUCUUCUUUGCAUGUUCCCACGAUAUAGACGUGCAGGAUUUUCCGAAUGAUCAUACGAACACAAAGAUUGAAGAAGUCCUGAAGAUUGAUGGAGGGCCAUGCUAUUCAAACAGCAGGCGUUGCUGAGACAGAAGCUCUUUGUGCUGGGAAGUCUUGCUAUUGGAAGUCUUCUAUAUCUAGUUGCCAGAGUUGGGAGCUUGGAUAGACUACAGCCCAUUUGCCCAAUUGAAGGUCGAUUUGGAGCCCGCAGUCAGGCUGAAAUCCCACUCCGGGCGCUGCAAUUCAAACGUGGCCUUCUCCACGAGUUCCGGAAGGGCAACGCUACCAAGGAGCAGAUUCGACUCCACAAUCUGGUCCAGCAACUCCCCAAAGCCAUCAUCAUUGGGGUGAGGAAAGGAGGCACCAGAGCCCUGCUUGAGAUGCUGAAUCUCCAUCCUGCUGUGGUCAAAGCCUCACAGGAAAUCCACUUUUUUGAUAAUGAUGAGAAUUAUGCCAAAGGCAUUGAGUGGUACAGGAAGAAAAUGCCAUUUUCAUACCCUCAACAAAUCACCAUUGAGAAGAGUCCUGCCUAUUUUAUCACCGAGGAGGUACCAGAAAGGAUUUACAAAAUGAACUCAUCCAUCAAGUUGCUGAUCAUUGUCAGGGAACCCACAACAAGAGCUAUUUCUGAUUAUACUCAGGUGCUAGAGGGGAAGGAGAGGAAGAAUAAAACCUACUACAAAUUUGAAAAGCUGGCAAUAGACUCGAAUACCUGUGAGGUGAACACUAAGUAUAAAGCUGUGAGGACCAGCAUCUAUACAAAACAUCUGGAAAGGUGGCUGAAAUACUUUCCAAUUGAGCAGUUUCACAUAGUAGAUGGAGAUCGGCUCAUUACAGAACCACUGCCAGAACUCCAGUUAGUGGAGAAGUUCCUCAAUCUUCCUCCCAGGAUCAGUCAAUACAAUUUAUACUUCAACGCUACGAGGGGAUUUUACUGCCUGCGGUUUAACAUUGUCUUUAACAAGUGCCUGGCAGGCAGCAAGGGACGCAUUCAUCCGGAGGUAGAUCCCUCUGUAAUUACCAAAUUGCGCAAAUUCUUUCACCCUUUCAAUCAAAAAUUCUACCAGAUCACUGGGAGGACAUUGAACUGGCCCUAAAUGAAUAUAUCCUACAACACUGUGUGUUGCACCAAGAGGGACACAGUGUCUUCUUUAGAUUCAAAUAUGCACUUUUCCAAAACACAGCUAUCCAAGUCUUUUUUUUUUCACCCCAUGAGUACUUGUACAUAUGCAGUG